CGCGGGCACGAAGAUUGAAAUUCCUGGGCGCCAAAGAGCCCUAACCCUAAUUCCCUGUAGCUAAUUCUAUCUAUGGCGUCUUCUUCGCUCCGCUUCUCAAUCUCUCCGCCCCGACUCGGCGAUCGCAACCACAUCGAAUGGACUCGAUCCGGAUUAGAUCACUGCUCAAUGCGGCCGAGGAGCCACGGCGCCGCCGAUCGCCGCCAAUUCCUGUGCUGCGCAGGUGUGCAAGACGAUUUAGCAAAGAAGGACAUGGAUAUUUGGCAAUUGUUGAGAAUAGAAGCAAUGGAGCAAUCCCAGGCGGAGCCAUACCUCGCGAGCUUUCUCUACGCCACGGUUCUUUCGCAUCCCUCGCUGGAGAGAUCCUUGGCAUUCCACCUCGCCAACAAGCUAGCAAACAUGACGCUCCUUUCCACCCAGCUCUUCUCCUUGUUCUCGGAAACUUUCUCGGCUGAUACAAGCAUACAAGAAGCAAUGCGAGAGGACAUGAAGGCUUUCAGAGAGAGGGAUCCAGCGUGCACAAGCUACGUCCAUGGCAUGCUCAACUACAAGGGGUUCCUGGCCUGCCAAGCGCACCGCGUCUCUCACAGGCUCUGGCGUCAACAUCGCACGGGACUGGCACUGGCACUCCAGAACAGGAUCUCCGAAGUUUUCCAAGUCGACAUCCAUCCCGGAGCUCAAGUUGGCAAAGGCAUGUUUCUCGACCACGCCACGGGCGUAGUGGUGGGAGAGACAGCUACCAUCGGCGACAACGUCUCCAUUCUCCACCACGUCACGCUUGGCGGGACUGGCAACCGCUGCAUGGACCGGCAUCCAAAAGUUGGAAACGGAGUCCUCAUCGGAGCUGGAGCAACGUUACUCGGCCCAAUCAAAGUCGGGGACGGUGCCAAGAUCGGCGCUUGCACGCUCGUCCUCAUCGACGUUCCCUGCUACUGCACCGCGGUCGGAGUCCCCGCCAGGAUCAUUCGCAACACCGCAGCGGCAGUCACUCCACCACCGCCGUGCGACUUCCCGGGACAAAGCAUGGAUCACACCUCCGAGAUCCUGGACUACGUGAUCUGACACUUCCCAGUAAAAAAAGCUUUUGUUUUGUACAGUUAGAAACAAGAAAGGAAUAUAACACCUCCAAAUUGUAACGUGUCAGAGGCAAGAAAACUCGGGUGACUACCACCACAGCUAGUCUAUAUGUCAACA